CCGUGGGGUCGCAGGUGUGCGGCUUUGUCCCAGAGGACGCGGCGGUUCCUUGGACGGAACUUCAUUCUCCAGUGUUAGUCCUUGAAAAAAAAUUGCCCAGUUAUAUAAAUGCCGUUGGCGGUACAUCAUCUUCAUAAGGAUUACGAAUUAUCCAGCCUGCUUUUGCUACUAAUGAACUGAAAACUCUGACUUAAACAAAGUGCCAACAAGGGAUUGUCCUUGAUUUUUGUGCUUUUUAGCAUUCCUCAAAUUCUUGUCACAUCUUCUCUUACAGUAAAAAAAAAACCCCAAAAACCAAAAAAAAAACUACAUUUAAGUUAGAAAAAUGAAGCAGUUGAAAAGGAAAAGGAAAAGCAAUUUUAGUGUUCAAGAAACUCAGACUCUUUUGAAGGAAAUCACAAAAAGGAAAGAAGUCAUUUUUUCCAAGCAGCUCAACACAACAAUUAACGUGAUGAAGCGCAUGGCUUGGGAGGAGAUUGCACAGUGUGUAAAUGCGGUGGGAGAAGGAGAGCAGAGGACAGGGACAGAAGUGAAAAGGAGGUACCUUGACUGGCGAGCACUUAUGAAAAGAAAGAGGAUGAAGGCGAACAUUAAGCUGGUUGGUUCUGGGUUUCCCCUUCCCUCAUCCGAUUUAGAUGACUCUCUUACCGAAGAGAUAGAUGAAAAGAUUGGAUUCCGAAAUGAUACAAAUUUUGAUUGGCAAAAUGUGGCAGAUUUUAGGGAUGCAGGUGGAUCCUUAACCGAGGUCAAAGUGGAAGAGGAAGAGAGAGAUCCCCAGAGUCCUGAAUUUGAAAUUGAGGAGGAAGAAGAAAUACUGUCAUCAGUCAUACCAGAUUCCAGGAGGGAAAAUGAACUUCCUGAUUUCCCCCACAUUGAUGAGUUUUUUACUCUAAACUCAGCACCGUCAAGGUCUGCCUAUGAUGAGCCCCAUUUGCUUGUAAACAUAGAGAAACAGAAACUAGAGUUGGAAAAACGACGGCUGGAUAUUGAAGCUGAGAGGCUGCAGGUAGAAAAGGAACGGCUGCAGAUUGAGAAAGAGAGGCUGCGGCAUUUAGACAUGGAGCACGAGCGGCUUCAGCUGGAGAAGGAGCGACUGCAGAUUGAGAGAGAGAAGUUGAGGUUACAGAUAGUCAACUCAGAGAAACCAUCUUUGGAAAAUGAACUUGGUCAAGGAGAAAAGUCCUUACUUCAGCCACAGGACAUAGAAACAGAGAAGUUAAAACUUGAGAGAGAACGCUUACAACUGGAAAAAGAUAGGCUGCAGUUUUUGAAAUUUGAAUCGGAGAAGCUGCAGAUUGAAAAGGAACGCUUACAAGUAGAGAAAGAGAGACUUCGAAUUCAGAAGGAAGGACACUUGCAGUGAUUUCUCUAGGUCUCUGUUAGCAAAUGUUUGUAAUCCACAGGUUUUUCUCAAUAUCAGAUAACAUGAAAAUGGUUGCAGGAUUAGCUGUUUUUUUCCCUUGUUUAAUGUCGGUGUUUUCAGUAGGAAAAGAUAGUUAUAUGUGGGUAACUAUAUAUUUAAGUAGUAUAUUAUAUAAAAAUUAUGUGCCCUAGCGUAAACAGUAUAGCAGGAGCUAUUGUGCUAUGCUCCUUAUAUUAGUAAAAUUACAUAAGCGUGUAUAAUCUGUGCACUCAGAGUUUACAAUUAUAUCUGUAAAAUUCAAGCUCAGUGAUUCUCAACUGGGGGCUGAGUUUGGAGACAUUUUUGGUUUCAACACUGGUAUGUGGUGGGUAGAGGCCCGGAGUGUCCGCAUCCGGCAGCUCACGGAAUAACCCCUGCAAAAAAUUGUCCAACCAAAAGUGUCAGUAUUACUGAGAGUGAGAAACCCUACCCCGGCCUGACUGUGCACCUUGAUAGCUUUGUUUUACAGUUUCAGAAUAUUAAAACCUCAGAUAUUUAUGUGGGUCGUUAACUUAAAUGGCCAAAAAAACUUUAUGAAACAUUACUGUGUAGUAGAUAGAAUUUAGGAAGUGGUGAAGAUGAUAGGUAUUUUAUUUCCAUGUGUCUAUCUAUAACCCAAUUCAGAAAACAAUACAGGGAACAUCAGAAACUGUCCAGAAUGAGUCACUUUGAAAAGCAGUUCAUUCCUCUGACUAUGGAUGUUUUGGAAGCAACCCACUUUUUGGGCUUUAGGUCCCUUUCUUCUUGGAAUCCAUUUUCAUAGCUUAGAUAUAAAACUUGUCAUUUCAACUGUGUACUGAAAUCUUCGGGUAAGUGCAUGGAUUGAAGCUAGUGAAAAUGAUAUGAAAAUGGUACUAAUACUCCAUGAGCUUAACUCAACGAGUGGUUGUUUGAUUUCUAAGGUACAUAA